UUUCCGGUCAUUUUGAGCCGUGCAGUAUGUCCGCCUGUACGUCCCGGCGAGAGACGAGAGGGACCGCCGAUCACCGCUGAUCCCCGGUGCCGUGACAAAGAGGGUGACACUGCUCUGUGGCGUAUCAUCUCCGAGGCCGGGCUGUCGAAGACCCCCCCCCCCGACCUCCCCUUUUCCGUGCGGAUCUUCAGAAACCGACCAGAGCUCCAUGACUCCCCAGUGUGACGACUAGGUGAAGGUAUCCAGACUCCUGCAGUUUAUAAUCCUGACAUGAUGGGGGACUCACUCUGCCUGUCCCAUCGUGCCACUGAAGCAGUGCCCAGCAGAAGGAGCUUAAUCACAGUUCUACCUUUUGCGUUACUGCUGCCAACAGUGAGAGUCAGUGCACAGUUGAUGGGAAGCCCCCUGGACUGCCACAAGACUUGUGUGUGUGCCAGCAACAUCGUCAGCUGCUCUAAGAUGAAUCUAACCAACGUCCCCCUUGGUCUUCCACAAUACACAGCUGUUCUGGACCUCAGCUUCAACUCCAUCACCAGGCUACGUGCUGAGUGGACCCCUGUCAAACUCGGCAGACUGCACAGUCUGCUGCUCAGCAACAAUGGCCUCACUUUUCUGUCCUCUGAGGCAUUUGUGCAUGUGACAAAGCUUCGAUACCUGGACCUGUCCUCUAAUGGCCUCGUCCUGCUGGACGAGUUCAUCUUUGAGCCGCUGGAACACCUGGAGGUGCUGCUGCUUUAUAACAACCACAUCUCCCAGAUAGAUCGUUCUGCUUUCUCUGGCCUCAUCAGUCUGCAGAGGCUCUACCUGAGCCAAAACCAGAUCUCACGCUUCCCCUUGGAGCUGGUGAAGGAGCGUAGCCGGCUGAAAACUCUUAGGCUGCUGGAUGUUUCCUCCAACCGAAUCAAAGUCCUGCCUCUGCAUGAGCUUCGGGCUCUGCCCGCCUGGAUCAAGAAUGGUCUGUACUUCCACAACAACACUCUGCCCUGCAGCUGCGAGCUGUACGAUGUGGUGGUACGCUGGCACCUCAAGGAGCUCAGCUCUGUCACUGACUUCAGGAGCAGCCAUACUUGUGUGCUGCCAGGCACGCAGAAAGAGAAAAUGCCCAUACUGGAUCUGGACAAGGUCAAUUUGAACUGCAGUGAGGUCAAAAGUAUGGAUGAAGAGGCCUAUCUGGAGCAGUUCCUGGUGCUGGACUGUGACACCAGGGAGAAGGACAUGAUGAAGAGCUGGGUGCUGCCGGGAAAUAUCCCAGUGUCUCCAGCAAACAAGACUGCUGUGAUGCGUCCUGAUGGCAGCCUCCAGAUUGGGCCCCUGAGGGCAGAAGACUCAGGGGUCUACACCUGCUAUGCCACAAGUGACUCCCUCAAUGAGACACUGUAUGUAACUGUAGUGGUGUUUAAUUCUACUCUGAGUGGUGGACUGGAGAACCUAAAAACAGCCUACACCACCCUCGUAGCAUGUCUGGUCAGUAUAGUUAUGGUUCUCAUCUACCUCUAUCUCACACCCUGCCGCUGCGCUUGUUGUCCAGGUCAUGGCCUGGAGAAAAAUGACCCCCAAGACAGCCUCCACUCUUCAACUGCCAGCAUUUCUCAGGCACACGAGGAGACAGGGCAGGAAAGAGUGGAAGGCGGAGGCUUCCCCUACAGACAUGUGGGCUUCCUGGAAAUCAAGGACCAGUUGGAGCAGAACGGGAGGUUGAAUCCAAUAGGUGAGGAAGAUGAGGAGUGGCAGGGGGAAAACAGGGAGAGAAGGAGGUCUGACGCAGAGUCUGUCAGCUCUGUGUGCUCCGAUACCCCCAUGGUUUUGUAAAAGUCACUGGCAGACCCUGCAGGGUAAGAUUUUUAUGCUCUGAAUGUGCGCAAGAUUAAAACUGUAGCAUCUUCCGUAAAGUUAAACCUUUAUUUGGCUCUCACAGUUGUUGGUACUGUUUCAGUAGCAUGUACUGUUGAUAAAAAAUGAAUUAUCAGUGUAAUGUCAUCCGAAAGCAAAAGAAAAAAAACACCCCAAAGCAUCCUGUUAAUGCCUAGAAAUAUGUUGUUAAAACUGUUUAUCGCCUACAUUACAAUGCAUACAUUUAUCUCAUACAAUUUAAAUGAUUACGAUUCCUUACCGUUGCAAAAG